UCCACCACCAUAGUUGAUUGACUCGGAAGCAUUUGCAAGAGAUCCAUCACAGUAGCUGUGGGCCUCAGCCAGGGUGAGCCUCACUCAUUUUGAUGGACAAGAUUUUCUCAUGAUGACCUCAGGCAACCGCAUCCGGUUGCGUGUGAGGGGCAAGGUCGGUAACUUGUCAAGUACUCGAUUUUUUUUCGUCCAGGUUGACAGCUGCUGGAAUUUCAGUCGUCUGCUUGGCACUCUAUUAAGUCCAAGGCAGACAACACAGUACCCUUUCUGUUGCUCUCACUCUCAAUGCAUAUCUUUACACCGAAUCACGUGGCCCUCAUCGCAGCGUGCUACCCUCCUGCUUCUGCGCUGCUCGCCUCAGGGCCUGACUACCGCCCCAAGUCCCAGGAAUUAUCUCGUCUUACAUAUUAUGCUGCUAAUCACCCAGGAAAAAUUAACAAAUUGGGCGCUGAAUUGGAGAAGCGUGUUAGAGCAGACUGCGGUAAGGCAGUCGCUGGUAACUUGCGCGCUAGGGCGUCUCUGCUGAUCACUCUUACUAUUGUGCGAACGCUGGCAAUCGAAUGUCGGCACGAUAUAUCACUUUUAUCGCCGUCAUUGGUCUCUUGCUUAAGAACAACACUCGAUUCUAUGUCGUUUGACUUGGAAAUAUGUGCCCGGGCAGCCAGUGUAUUCACGGCAUGGUGCACUUACACCGAUGGCCACGUCAUUGGUGUGGAUGGUGGUCUAACUCAGAAUUACUUGGUUGUUGUUAAGCGGUUUUCUGCGCAGUGCAACGCAGAGAGAAAAUCUUUCGAUAAUGAACUCAAGAACCGAACUCGAUUGGUCGGUCUGUCCGCUGUAACUGGAGUAGUGAAUUCGGAAGCCCUCUACAUAUCCGCUACCCAGUUUAAGCCGCAGGCAUCGUCUCUAACCAGUGCCUUAUUGCCCCACAUCAUUCAUGCUGAUAUAAAACUUCUUGCUGAGUGUGAGCAGAUCACCAAGGACAUUACGGACACCGUGUAUCUGGCAGAGUUUCGCUCGCGCCCACUGAGUGAAAGAAGGGCUGCUUCCAUUCAUGUCCAUGUCGAUGGGGAAGCCGGGCCCUCGUCCGCCGACGUUCUAUCCACAUCCAUUCGCGCUCUAUCUCAAUUAUUCAAGCACUCAAAUGCCACACAAGUGUGUUCCCUCAUACAGUCUGCAUUUGAAAACCUGGAUGCCAUGCAGCUCUGGGCUAGGGCAGAUCAGUGUCGGUGGUUUGCCCAGAGGGCAUGCGACUGGGCUCAAUAUCAAUAUCGAUACGCCAUCCCAUCCCGUGUAGUGGAGCGUGAGCAGAAGACAUUGAUAGGCAUGCUCACAGCAAUCUUCACCUCUCCCAUCCCUCUGGUCAACCUCUCGACGUCAGACAUCGUAUCGAACUUGAUCACGCUGGUCUUCCGAAGAGUCGUCGCCAAUCCCAACGACGACCUGCUCCCGUUACUGGUGGAGAGCAUCGCUUCACUUGGUGCACGCGUGUAUUACUCUGACCAGAUACAAGAUUUGGCAAGCGAGCUCGCUAGCCGCUUAACCACUAUUGACAUGCAGAGCUCUGUCAAUCAACGGAGAGAGAGUCGUUCUCAAGCGAUUCGAUGUCUGUUGGCAGGCCUUCUGGGUCUUAUGCUCGCUUCCGAUGACCACAGAGGUUAUAAAGGUAAUGACCAACCUCAUCUGUCCCUGCGCGGAACUUCCACAUCACCGUCGGAUACGUUCUCACGGGUCUCUCAGCGGACCAAGGUAUCCGGGGAAAUCUGGUACGAUACCCUGACCUUGCUAUGUGACAGCGAUUUUGCCGUGAGAAGCGACUAUACCCAAACGCUGGUGACAUAUUUGCGGUGCGAAAUUCCUAAAGUCGGUGUGGAUCGUGUUCGGCGUUCUCGGGAUUUAGCGAGCAAUUCGUCUACUCAGGCAAAUAGUAUCAGCCUCAUGUUAUUCGGUGAUUCCGCGACGAGGUCAUUGCACGCCAUCCACGCUUACCUGUUUUUGCUUGCGACAUCGUCUUAUCUGGGAUCUUCUUUGGGUAUUUCUGCACCGUCGAGUUAUUCACUCAACGGUGACAUGACUACCACUGGGACAACCAGUAUCGGAGAGACUGAAGGGAAUAUCCCUCUGAAUGUUGAUUCUGGCGAUGUGCUUUCGCCUACUCCAUCGCGUCGCCGUUCGAUUGACCCUGCAGCACGGUCACGCAAGUCCUCCCACGCUUUCCGGCUCUUGGACACGGUAACUGGGAAGGUUUCUUCCUCGUGUUUGGCUUCUCAUUCGGAUUAUGCUCUUAUUCUCCAUGUUCUCUCUGCCAUCCACGAAGAGGUACCUGUUCGCGGUCUCCUUACCGGUUUUCCCAUGCUAGUCGCAUUGGAGGCGGCUGCCCAGAUAGAGGACGGCGCAGAUGCUGGCACGCGGCAGCGCGCUUUUUCCCUGAAGGAAGUUCUUGCCCGUCUCUGGCUCGUGAUCGGUAAAGUGUGGAACUGCCCCGAGUUAAUUUGUAGGGUGGAAAAUGACCUGUCAACCUUGAACGGCCACAUGACCUUACCUCAAAUAGCACCGUUCACCCCUGGGGUAUUGCGUCCCCCGGAAGCACAGAUACCGUUCCCGGACCUGUCAGAGGCCGAAUUACCGCGAGAAUGGUCUGGCGUGAAGUCGGAGGAAGUUUUAAUAUUGCUGGCGUCGUCCAAGAACGUUCAAGAAACAACUGCACUUGAUCAACAGGGACUAAUCCGGAAGCUGAGUUCGAAGUGGACAGUGGAAGGUGCCCUUCGGGAUUCUGCUGAGCGUCCAAAUCACAACCGACCGUUAGGUGAUGGUGUACCGCCUUUGCUUAAAUUGUCUCCCGCCUUGAUGGCCAUUGAAAAUCUGUCGCUGCAGAGUCUCACCCGUUCUGUCAGGGGAGUCGGCGUUACGGAUCUUAGAGAGGCGCUGGAAGGUCGUGCAGGAGCUUCUAACCCUACUCUCGCCAGGCAACCAUCGAUGUCAACUCUCAAUCACUCUCUGUCUCACGAAUUCCACCGCACUCGUCAUGCGUUUGCGCCGGGCAAGGCUACAUCGAAGCAGCGCGCAGUUACUGCUGACUCGGGGGAGGUGCGAGAUGUUUUAAAUAAGCUGGGCAUUCGGAAAUACAGCGGCAAUAGUUUGCUGAAGUCGUCUUUCCCUUCAAUGCAUAAAUCUGACCAGAAGUAAAACUCACCUUUGCCUUACAUAUUAACAUAACAUACAUCCUCAUCAUUCCAGGUUUUCUAUCAGGUGAACACUUAAAUCUAUUCGAUAUUCCAGGCAUAGCAUUCCAUUACUUAUCAGCGUCGUAUAUUCUAUUCCUUCUGCUCGUCGAUACUCCGUCAUUCGCAUGUUCUACAUCCAUCGAAUUGCAUACUAGGCACAACCCACAUACAUGGAUCACUGUCUGACCUUGCUAUGCC